UGGGAGUCGAAGAAAGGGGGAAGAAGAGACAAGGAAUGGAGGGGCAACUUAGAACUUUUGUAUGGAUUUUUGGUUAAAUUUGUAAGAUCGCAAAAGAUAAGCUAAAAAUCAUUUUUUGGUACAAAAUAUGGUAGUUUUCAAAGUCUCCCCUCCCCAACGCCGCGAGCUCCACCUCCCUCCCUCCGUCGUGUCCGUCUGUCAAAUGCAUAAUUCGGUUGAUAAAUUUCAGAAAUCCUCCAUGAAAAUCUUUCACGCUUUCAGAUUUUCUUUCCAAAAUUUUGAGAACUGAGUUCAGUUCGAAUCCCAGCCCCACAAAAACUCAGUUUGUCUGUCUAAAUUUUGGGUGUUCUCUCUUCAAUCUUAUGCUUUUUAUUUUUCCUUGUAAUUUCUAGAUUUUUAAGAAUUGGGUGGAAACCCAGAAGAAGAAGAAUUGAAGGGAAUGGAGGAUUCAUAUUCUGUUUGCAGCCCCAGAAGAAUCCUGAGUGUGUCAAAGAAGAGGAGGGCAACUGUGUCAUUUGUGGAUCCAGAUGAUAAGGCUUCUGGGUUUCAUGGCCCCAAGCCUUCUGAAGUCUAUGGCUUUGUUGGUUCCAUCACUACUGUUGUGGCUACAGUUAUAUUCUUGGUGUGGGCAUAUGUUCCUGAGUCUUGGCUGCAUUCCAUUGGGAUCUUUUACUAUCCCAGCAGGUAUUGGGCAUUGGCCGUGCCAGCUUACGCUAUGAUGACAUUGGUAUUAGCACUGGGAUUUUACUGUGGCCUCAACUUCAUGUCCACCCCUCCCCCUUCUUCCUUAUAUACUGUUUACGUUAUGUGUGACCUUCCAUUUUCUUUUGCAGAUGAAUUCAGUAGGGAUCCUUUGAGCUCUGCUCCAAUUGGUGACGAUGAUCAGCCCAUAGAACCCAUAUCCGAUAUCAGCAUUGACAGAGUCAAUCGUUCCAUGUUUAAAUAACACGAGCAACCUUGGAGGGAAUGGCAACCUGUACCCAACUCUCUAUUUUUUACCCAGGUGCUGUAUUGCUUUCGAAUUAAUUGAUUCUUUGGUUAAGCAAAAGGCAGUCCAUUGAUUACAGCAGAGGAAUACGCCUACUGGAACAGGAAAAAACUAGAAAACAGAGUUUAGCUGCAACCGGCUAGGGCUCAAGUCUCAACCGAGUCUAUAAACAGAGAAUACGUGGGUUUUUUUUCCGGUUAAUACAGAGAAUAUGUUUUCAAUAUACAAUGAAGAGAACAUACUCUCAAGCAUAAAGAAGCGCCGCGCUUAAAUCGUUAAAUGCAAUGUUCUACCUCAUAUUGUGAAUACUCAUGAUUUUACUGGUGAAAAGGAUCGAUAUGACGCAACUCAUUUUUUCCCCGGGUGAA